AUGGAGAGUCCGGCGAAACGCAGAAAAAUAUCCCGGGGCCAAAACAAGCUUCGUCCCGACGAUGAUGGCGCCGCGGGCGCCUUUGGGAAGAUGCAGAUCCGGAGGGAGACGUUGGUCUCGACGUCGCAAUCCCCGCUACCGACGUUUAUCGAGCCGUUGUUGGUCCGGGAGCAGAGGCGGGAUUCGAGGAAGUUGGGAUUGAGGCAUAGGUUGGAGCAUCAGCAAGAGGUGGACGAGAAGGAACGCCAGGGCAUCACCAUUGUCACCGUCAUCCAACAGGUCGACCAGGAAGGUCAUACCAUCGGACUCAGGACCAUGGGCCCUACGCUGAAAGGCAGCUCUGCUGAGGCAUUGCACUCCCCAGAUCCGACCCCAACGACCACGACCACGUCGACUAGCCGUAUGUCAUCCUCCCUGGAAUCCUCCUCCACCACCUCGUCCUCAAGUAGCUCGUCCUUAAUCACUUCGUCCUCAACCACCUCUUCCACUGCUUCCCAUUCUGCCUGGGGUGUGCCUUCUGUCCCAGCAUUUCCCAGCGACCUCACCGUUCCGGCCGUCGUACCAUAUCCUUUUAAUACGUUUCCAUUCGCGGCUACUCCGUCUACUUCUGCUUCAGCGUCAAUUUCAUCGGGGUCCAGUGGCGAUGUGUCAGCGCAGUCAGAGAGCGAGAGCUCACAACUCGCAUUCUCUUCGCCAUCUCCCUCUGCCGCGGCGAGCUCUCCAUUUGCGACGACUGCUAACCCGUCCGAAGAGAGCUCACAGACCGACGCCUCUUCAAGCCCUUCGAAUACCGACAACCCGACAGGUGUGGCGGCAUCGCCGACGCCCUCGGACACCGCGAGUUCGUUAUUGAUUUCGAGCGUCGUGACUACUGAACCCCCUACUUCCGUAACCGAAGCUUCGGUGGUGGCCAUGACUGUCGAUUCCGAUUCCGAUUCUAGCUCUCCAAGCGAGACAACAGCACUGACCCCGACAGACGCCACUGCGACGUCAGCGAUUGCAACAUCAGACACAGGCUCGUUGACCGCGUCCACUGCGACGUCAGCGCCGAGUUCCGCCGCAGCAUCUGCGACAUCUUCGGAAGAUUCUACCACCUCGGCCGAUUCAGCGGCAUCAUCAGCUGAAUCGGCGACAUCUGUCGAUUCUUCAAAAUCUUCGGAUGAUUCCUCGACGGCUACGGCUGCUCAAUCUACUACGCUCGCCUCAUCGUAUACGUCUUCGACAUCCCCACGAUCCUCCACUACCGUACCUUCGUCAGCGGGAGCCUUUUCCACUGAUAGCGGAUCCGGUGCCAUUGAUGGAGCAGCUACUACUAGUGCGAGUGGGAGUUCUUCGACAGCUGCGCUGGGUAAUACAGCGAGCAAUGGUGACGGGGGCAACAGUAAUCUCACCCCACGGAUAGUCGGUGGAGUGCUCGGCGGUCUUGCCGGGCUGGCGCUGCUACUUACCCUUAUUCUGCUCCUCCUUAAAUGGUACAAGCGGAAGCAAAAGGGAACUGCAGCAUUGACAGGAGGAAACGGACAGGAUCGCCCUCAAGAUCCAUUCGCUGAUCCCGUCGGUGCUGGUGAUGGAAAUCGCGCCAUGGAGCAGCGCGGCAGCUUUUUCCCCGCUGCAGGAUUCCUUGGCAGAUUAGGUGGAGGGAACAAAGAAAUUGCACCCCCGCCGCCGCUGGCCGAAGAGCGAGGGUUCCAGCGGAUAUCAGGGCGCAAGCUGCCAUCGGCUUUCAGCCCAGGCAUGUCCUCGGAAGACCCUUUCCGCGACCCCUUCGACGACGACGCGACCGAGCACACCUUCUCCGGCUCCUUCAACCGCGACAGCCACGGCUUUUACGGCAACCACGGCGGCGCGGGAACACCGCCAAUGUCGCCCAUUACUGCAGCAGCAACAGCGCUGCACGGCGCGUCCAGCUCAAAUCACCACCCGGAGGAGGAGAACAUGCGCCCGAGCCCUGCGCGCACACCCGUGGUGCAUCAGGGCCCUGGCGGGCACACGAGCAUGCUGUGGGGGCCAGGCGAGACGCUAUCGAUACCGCCGGAUUCGCCGCGACGACCGGGCUCACAUUCAUCAACGCCGAGGGGAACGCUAGGACGCAGCCAUCCGUCGCACGACGGAUCACGAGGAUCGCGUUUUACGGAAGACGUGUAA